AGUAGAGCAAAAUAGAAGAAACUAUCAAUGGCGGUUUUCUUAUUUUGGCUUUCUUCUUUGUUCUCUGCAGAAUUAAUUGAAGGAAGAUUGUGACCUGAUCCAGAAAAGAUGGCUGCACAGAAGAAACGCACUUCCAAAGCGCGAGCAUGGUUCUGCACCAUCGGAAUGACGAGCGACGUUGCGAUUGAAGUCGAGGACGUGACUUUCCAUCUACACAAGUUACCUUUGAUUUCAAGAAGUACGAAGAUUCACGAGAUGAUAACGGAGAAGGAGAGGAGCGCGAGGAUAAGAACCGAUUUAAACCUGUCGAGCCAGCAGAUUGACGACGGCGAAGAGGAGGAAGAAAUCAGAGAGGAAGAAGACGACGACGUAGAGCAAGGGGACGAAGAACAGUGUCGCAUUGUGCUUCCGGAUUUUCCCGGCGGAUCCGAAUCGUUCGAGACCGCCGCCAAAUUUUGUUACGGUGUCAGCAUCAAGCUCACCGCCUCUAAUGUCGCCGCACUUCGAUGCGCCGGCGAGUAUUUGAAAAUGACCGAAGAGUAUUCCGAAGAUAACCUCAUUUCCGCAACGGAGAGGUUUAUCUCACGAUCAGUUCUCAAAAGCAUCAAACAUUCAAUUGAAACUCUGUCCUCUUGUAAAGCACUAUUACCAAUGGCGGAGGAUCUGGAGAUUGUACAGAGAUGCAUCGAGGCGGUUGCCGGCAACUUCGCCGCCUCAGAUCCGUCGCUAUUUGGCUGGCCGGUGAGCGACGGCUCUGAAGCUAACCAUAGAAGGAGAUUUAAAACCAGUACUGCGGCGGUAGAUCCAUGGUUGGAUGAACUCACGUCUCUGAGUUUACCUUUUUUCAAGCGUUUGAUUUUCGCGAUGAAAGGAUCGGAUCCAAGCGGUGAAAUCAUCGAGAGCUGCUUGAUACAUUACGGUAAGAAAUUUAUACCUGGAACAUCGCGCUCAUUCCGAAAGCCUAUCGCCGCCGUGCUGUCGGAGGAAGAACAGAGAGAGCUCCUUCAGACGAUCGUCGCGAAUCUUCCGAAGGGAAAAUCCUUUAGAUCGCCGGCACACGCGACGAGUUUCCUGUUCGGAUUGUUACGGACGGCGUAUAUUUUGAAUGCGCCGGCGUCUUGCAGAUUAACUUUGGAGCUGAAAAUUGGAUCGCAGUUGGAGCAGGCGGCUUUAGACGAUCUGCUGAUUCCGAGCUAUUUGAAUUUGAACGAAACAUUGUAUGACGUGAACUGUGUGGAGAGAAUGUUGAGAUACUUUCUCCGAGGGAUGGAGGAGCGAUCUGCAGGUGAAAUUGAAGGUGGAGAUGAGAACCCCGCCGCCGGAUCUGCAGCCUUAACGGUCGUCGGAAAAUUGAUCGACGGUUACUUGGCGGAAAUUGCUUCCGACUCUAAUCUGAAGCCGGAAAAAUUUUACGAUCUCGCCGUCGCCUUGCCGGAGGACGCCAGGCUCUUCGACGAUGGACUUUAUCGAGCGGUCGAUUUUUAUCUUAAGGCGCAUCCAUGGAUUCCGGCGGCGGAGAGGGAGAAGAUCUGCGGCGUUUUGAAUAGCCGGAAACUCACGCUGGCGGCGUGCACUCACGCCGCGCAGAACGAUCGGCUGCCGGUAAGGGCAUUGGUCCAGGUGCUGUAUUUCGAGCAGGUUCAGCUCCGCCGCGCAAUUGCCGGAUCCCUCACGGCGGCGCCGGCGGAUGCGGGAGAAGCAGAGGGCGACGGCGCGUGGAGAGUAAACGAGGGUCUGCUAGAGGAUAUGGAAAGCAUGAGGACACGUGUGCACGAGCUGGAGAAGGAGUGCGACUAUAUGAAGACGGCGAUACGGAAGAUGGACCCACAAGGACACGUGGCGAAGGCGGGUUGGUGGGCCAGCAUUGGGUGCAAAAUUGGGUCCCAUGUGUGCGAUUCACUGGAGCCGGCCCCCAAUUCAAGGGGUAAGAAAGGAAAUUAACAUACUCAAAAUUAAUUGAAAACGUGUGAACUUGAGGUAGUUCAUUCUGAUUCAUAUUGAAAGUGAAGAUGGAAAAAAAUUCAUUGAAUGGUUAAUUAGUGUAAUUACAUUUAUGAAAAGUCAUAAUAUAAAAUUACAAAAUUGAA